AUGAUCAGUGUGCCAUGGGUGUUUCUGUCAAUUUUAGGAAAUAUUAACGCUCAGAAGCUGGUGGUAGUUAUAGCUGAAGGACUUAGUGGAGCGUACUUUCAUCGUUUUUCUCAUCUAUCUGGCUUGAGAUUGUUCGAAGAAGAAGGAGUAUGGUCAACGAGAUUAUUUCCUGUUUUUCCCACACUUCCAUUACCAAAUCGCCAUACGUUGUUGACGGGUGUCCUGCCACGAAAACACGGUAUGAUGAGCGAUAUAGUGUUUAAUUGGAGAAGUGGGCUAGAGUUCCUGAAUUUCACUCAAGAAUCGGAUUUUCGGAAAAGUGAUUGGUGGAUGACGGAUCCGAUCUAUGUGACGGCAACUCAAGCGAAAGCUUCUGUCGCAAUGUUCUUUUUCCCGGAGUGUAACGUGGAUUGGGUGCCAGCUCCUCAUCUUUGUGUCCCACCACGAAAUGAUGGAAUGUCAUUUGCUGACGAAAGAGUUGCAAAAAUUGUUGUGGAAGCAACGAAAUCUCACGAUCUCGUGCUUGUUUACCAUCCGAACAUUCGGGAACAAAUAGCGGACAUUGGUCCGAGAAGAUCCAACGACCGAACAGCUACAGAAGUUGACAAAUUUCAACAGGCUCUCGAACGUUUAACUGCACAAGCUCGGGAACGCAUUGAUUUGAAUGUGAUAGUGGUCUCACCAUAUGGUCUUAUUGAUGUACCUAAACGUAAUAUAAGGGUUUUGGAUGACUACCUCCCUAUGGAACUGCUUCAAAUGUCGAUAGGUAGUGGAGCGGUAAAACAGUUGAUCGCAAUGCCGGGUAAAACACACCAAGUUUAUUCGCAACUGCGGAAUCAUACGCCGAUUCCGAAUGUAAAGAUCUAUUUUACGGCUCCGAAGAUCGGUGAUCUUCCGGAAUGGUAUCACUACAAGAAAUCUGCUACGGUACCGGACCUAGUUCUGGUAGCGCAACCUGGUUAUGCUAUAGUUACGCGCGACCUCGCCAAACAGAUACCACCACAAGAUCCAAAUGAAAUCAAAGCUGGAAUGAGUGGCUACAAUAACCACUAUCCGGACAUGCUCGGAGUAUUUCUUGCGUAUGGUCCAGUCUUUCGCAAAGGCUUCCACAAAGGACCUUUGGAAUUGUGCGACGUCUACACUCUAAUGUGCGCCAUUCUACGUAUUGAUGAUUGCAAUACAUCAUGUGGCAGAAUUCUUCGCAUAGAUGACGUCCUUACAAGUGAUACUCGUGUAGCAGUGCGAGCCAGACUGAACAGAACGAAUCAUGCAACAUUGGCAAAAAUCGUUCUAACUGCAAUUGUUGUCAUUGUUAUGCUGCUGGUGUUGAUAUCUGUAUCGAACAACAGCAUAUUGCAUUUGAUUCGACGACGAGUUUUCUUUGUGGCUGAAGCAGAGGGUUCAUGCGAUCCGUUGCCGGAUGAUUCGAAGGCUCGCAUCAUGUAUCACAUGAAAAACAAGAUCGUGGUUCGACCAAAAGAGCAGCUUGAUGAUGGAGCCGUUGCUAAGCUGAGAUGUCAUCCUGGAGCAGAACCAAGUGGACCGUCCACCGCCACUUGCGUCAGCGGAAAAUGGGAUGGGGCUCUAGGCAGCUGCGCAUAA